UGCCGAGCAGUACAUAAGAUGGCUGCUGUUAACUGCCAGUGAACGACCUUUUCUUUUCGUCGCGCUGAUAGUUCUGUUACAGGUCCAGAUGCUUCCUUCAGUCGGUGUCGUUGAUACAGGGAAUUCGUCUCGUAUACUUCUGCCACUUUUACGCUCAGCUGGUUUUACAGUCAGUGGAAUAUGGGGUGCAUCAAAACAACAAGCGAAGAAGAUGGCGGAGGAGUUUAAAGUUCCGUUCCAUACAGCCAAAAUAGACGAGUUACUUUUGCGUGAAGACGUGGACUUAGUGUGUGUGCUUUGCCCACCUCACGUACGAGCUGAAGUGGCGGUGAAAGCUCUCUCUAUCGGAAAACACGUCCUCUGCGAUUCUCCUGUAGGUCUUAGCAAAGAUGAAGCUGAGAGAAUGGUCCAGGCUGCACAAUACUAUCCUAAGCUACUUUCCUUGGUCAAACACGAGCUCAGGUUUCUUCCAGCUUUUAUUAAAAUGAAACAAUAUGUAGAGGAAGGUUUUUGUGGCAAGCCAUUCAUUUGUGAGUGCAAGAUUGAAAUGGGUUCAUUGCUGAGUAACCGCUACACCUGGAUGUGUGAUCAGGCCAUGGGUGGUGGGGUGCUGACCAAUGUUGGGGCUCACAUCAUUGAUCUCAUCUCUUUCUUAACCAAUCAAAGAGCUGUAGAAGUUCAUGGUACUCUAAAAACCUUUAUUUCUCAAACAGAUGAGGUUUCAAGCUUUCGUCAUAUCUCCAGCGAUGACUAUACAGCUUUCCAGAUGAAACUAAAUGGAGGGGGUUUUGCUACAGUUUCUCUUAACACCCACAUUCUAGGACGCUAUUCUCAAACUGUCACUAUAUACGGCACUAAAGGGCAGCUGAUCGCAAGAAAUGGUAGUUUAUAUGGAAUGAAGAAUGGAGGCAAAGAAGAGCUCAUUCAUGGGGACAUAGCUCGCAUCCCAGGUGUGUUCAAUGUGGAGAAACUACCACCCAGUAUCUUUCUGACAGGUCUUGAAGUGUGGGUGUCGGAGAUAAAGAGAGCAUUUGAAGAAUCCAUAGAUAAAGAUGAUCGGAGAAUAGCUGAUCUGCAGACUCUUUCCAGUGCAGCUUCAUUUCAUGAUGGCCUUUAUACCAGAACUGUCCUUGAUGCUAUUAUUGAGUCCAGUGGAAAUGGUACUUGGUGUCAGGUGGAGUUUGUUGCUAAUGAAGAAACUGGGGAAAUGAUUUUGGGCCCUGAAGAUAAGUCAGUGCAAAUUGUCACUGAGCCAAAAAAAGAGAAGACAGAUGAAAAGAAUCUUGCAUCUCCUGUACUGAGAAGGAUCCUGACUCAAUGAGCUCAGAUAGUUUUUGAAAGAGUUAUUAAGUGAGAAACUUUAAAGACAAAUCUUUUCAGCCUGUUAAAGACAAAUCUUUUCAGUUAGUUUUUUUUUGUUGUUUUGGUAAAUAAGAAUUUAGGUAGCUUGGAUGGAAAGGAUGGCAACUUUUGUGCCUUUUUCAUGGGUUUUCAUGUCAAUCUUGUGAAAAAGGUGCAUGUUGAAAGAUCUCUAGUUUUACUCUCAAGUAACAAGUUCAAAUGAAAAAUUUGUGCGAUAAAAUCUUCAACCAUUUAAAGAGAUAAUUCUUGGUUUUUCCAAAAUUGUGUUGGUAUGGAUGUCGUUCAUUUUUCAUCUUUAAAAAAAAACUGCCAAUAAAAGGAUGUAAAGAGUAUCACAAGCAAGUUCUAUGUAUCUCAAUAAAAUGUUUGAAAAACAUA